UUUCAUCUAUCUCCCUCUUUCUCUAUAUAUUCAACUGAUCAAGGUAUAUCUCUCGAUCAAGCUCAUAAAAAUGUCGUCUUCGAGUUCGAGCCAUUAUUACCUUGCUUACAAAUGCCUCAUUUUCAUCUUCCUUGCUAUAUACUUCCUUCCAUCACAUGCAGCUGUGAAGAACUAUCAAUUUGACAUUGAAGUGAAGAAUGUGAGUAGGCUAUGCCAUGCAAAGCCUAUAGUAACCGUGAAUGGUAUGUAUCCUGGACCAACAAUUUAUGCUAGAGAAGGCGAUAGAGUCAUGAUUAACGUUACUAAUCAUGCACAAUAUAACAUGUCAAUUCAUUGGCAUGGACUAAAACAAUAUCGAAAUGGUUGGGCUGAUGGACCAGCAUACAUAACUCAAUGUCCAAUUCAGACAGGAAAUAGUUAUACCUAUGAUUUCAAUGUUACUGGACAAAGAGGAACACUAUGGUGGCAUGCACAUAUAUCAUGGCUAAGGGCGACAGUUUAUGGCGCGAUUGUUAUCAUGCCGAAAGAAGGGACUCCAUAUCCAUUUCCUCAACCUCACAUGGAAGCCAACAUAAUCUUAGGGGAAUGGUGGAAUGGUGAUGUUGAGACGAUUGUCAAACAAGGUGAUCAGUUGGGUAUACCACCAAACAUGUCAGAUGCUCAUACCAUCAAUGGAAAGCCAGGACCCUUGUUCCCUUGCUCGGAGAAGCACACUUAUGCAUUGGAGGUUGAACAAGGAAAGACCUACCUCCUUCGGAUCAUCAAUGCUGCACUCAAUGACGAGCUAUUCAUCGGAAUCGCAGGCCACACCAUGACUGUGGUAGAAAUAGAUGCAGUCUAUGUCAAACCAUUCACAACCAAGACUAUCCUCAUAGCUCCAGGCCAAACCACAAAUGUGUUGGUUCGAGCAGAUCAAAUUCCUAAUCGUUACUUCAUGGCCACAAGAACAUUCAUGGACGUACCUAUCCCAGUAGAUAACAAAACUGCCACAGCAAUCUUCCAAUAUAAAGGCAUCCCAAACUCCGUCAUACCUUCCUUCCCUCAACUUCCUGCACCAAAUGACACCUUAUUCGCGCUAUCUUACAACAGGAAGCUUAGAAGCUUAAACACUCCUCAAUUUCCUGCCAAAGUACCCUUAAAAGUUGAUAGAAAACUCUUUUUUACCAUUGGAUUAGGUGCAAAUCCUUGCGCUACUUGCCUAAAUGGAACUCGUUUUACAGCUUCAUUGAACAAUAUUACCUUUGUUAUGCCAAAAACUGCGCUCUUACAAGCUCAUUACUUCAACAUGUCUGGUGUGUUUCAUGCUGAUUUUCCUGACAAGCCUCCUACUGCCUUCAACUACACAGGGGCUCCAUUGACGGCUAAUCUUAGGACGAGCCUUACAACGAGGCCAAGGCUUAGUAAGAUUGCUUUUAACUCCACUGUUGAGCUGGUUUUGCAAGACACAAAUUUGCUAUCAGUAGAGUCUCACCCUUUUCAUCUUCAUGGAUAUAACUUUUUUGUGGUUGGUACUGGGGUUGGUAACUUUGAUACACUUAGAGACCCGGCUAAGUUUAACUUGAUUGACCCUCCUGAGAGAAAUACUGUCGGAGUUCCUACCGGAGGCUGGACUGCUAUCAGAUUCAGAGCCGAUAACCCAGGAGUAUGGUUCAUGCAUUGUCAUUUGGAGCUUCAUACAGGUUGGGGAUUGAAGGUGGCAUUUGAGGUUGAAAAUGGGCCUGGACCCGAGUAUUCUAUAUUGCCUCCACCAAAGGAUCUUCCACCUUGCUAAUUCUAGACUGUGUAAAAUGACUUUAUUGUCAUUAAUUGAUCAUUUUUCCCCCUUUUUUUCUUCUUUCUGGUUGUAAAAGUUGUAGGUAAUGAUUGAGAUUUGAGUUUCGAGAGAAAAAAAUAUUGCAAAUUUGUGCAUAAUGUACUACAAUUUGUAAAAUUCUUUCAAGUAUAUAAUAAAAUUUUCAAGUUUA